AAUAUUCAGUUUUUCUGCGGAAGUUCCAAGAUGUCAUUGAUGACGGAUGAUUUGGAUGUGAAAUAUGGAGUAGUGAAUCAAAAUGAUGUAGCUGACAAGAAGAAACGGAAAAAAUCGAAGGGAAGGACACUGGAAAUCGAUUUCCCACUUCAUUCGAAUGGGCUAAUUCAAUCAUAUGAAUCUAGCAUUUGUUAUGACGCAAGCAAUCAGAAAGUUAUACCUACGUAUUCGAUUGAUAUUGCUGCAGUGAGGAAUGAUUGUUCGGAUAUAAUUAGUCAACUUUUGCCUACUGUCCGGGAUGCUAUACAGGAAUUUUUAUAUGAUGUUGGCAAUCGUGCUUGUGAAAUAGAAGAAAUCAUCAAUUUCUUGAAAAUAUCAGACAUUGCAUUGCAUUAUAAGCAGAUGCUUAAUUCCUUAAAUGACGCGCAAUUGUGUAGGCUCCUCGAAAGGUUGAACAUAUUUCAUAUUUCAUAUGAAGGCUCGAAGAUGAUUCUUCAAAUGAUUGAUGAGUCGUUUCACCUAUCUAAUUCUGAUACGGCUUUGUCACCAAGUAUUUCAUCUAAUGCUAAUAAUAGUGACCAGUUAUCGAUGUUAAUGAAGGACACUUUGAAUAGUACUUCAGUCGCUUCUGUUGCUCAAACUAAACCUCUCUCUGCGAUUACAAAUGAUUUCACAAACAGAUUGCCACAGCGAUAUUUAAAUGGAACAGAAUCAGUGGGAACAGAAUUUGAUAAUAUAAUUAAUUCUCACCAAAAAGUUAUUGGAGGUACGAUGGUUCACAAACAUUUAUCUGCGGAUGAGUUACUCGUUCAGCAGAACGGAGAUAUUUUUUAUGACCAAAACGCUGAACUGAUGGAUCAGAGGGUGCUUCUGCAGGAUUCAAGAUUUCAUUUAGAACGAAAAUUUGUAGAACAGAGAUUAAAAGAUGUGGAAAAAAGAUAUGAAGAGAGAUUAUCUAAUGUCUCUUUAAUGUUAAGAAAAGCUUACAAAGAAAUAUUAGAUUUGCGCUUGGGGAAAGCGAAAGCAUUAGCAAGUAAAAGAAUGGGACAAGCUGAACUUGCUUUAAAGCAUGCUAAUGUCAUACACAGCAGGAUUGAAAAUGAAACGGUUAAAUCUGAUAUAAAGCAAAUGAUAAGGCAGUGGGGACAGAUACUCAGAGACUACAAAGCUUGGCAUGCUAAUUUAGAUAGAAUAGUAGAUGGUCAAAAGGCACAGGUGGAUUCAAAUUAUCGUUUUGAUGAGUUGGCCCUUCUGUCGCCACCCGAUAAUAUUCCAUGUGCUCCGCAGUUACCUCCUAAUGCUUUGAAGUAUUUCCAACAACUUGAAUUCGAAUGCAGUUCGGGUGAUCCUUCAUCGGAAAUUCUUCGAGUAAUUGGUCCGCCAGUUGGCUUCGAGAAAGAAGCUGUAGCAGGUAAUCGAUUUGGUGCAAUUGGACAACCCGCUCCUCCUCCACAGAGGAAGAUGUUCACGGAAGCACAAAUAAAUAAAUUGGUUGAGAAAACGUUGGAGCAUUUCCAGGAUACUUAUGGAAGUACUUCAAAUUUAAGCGCGGAAGAAAUUAGAAAUAUAUUAAACGAGCUCGAACGACGCCCUUUAUUGUUUACAUCUGAUGUAACUCUUUCUUCUGUCCUUUCUCAUGUAGUAAAACGAGCUAUGGAAGUAACUGGUACUACCAGUGGAAAAAAUAGCAGUCAGCCAGACACACCAUGCUGGACAUCGUUAUCAUCUGAGCUCUCUACUAUUUGCCAUCCCGUGGAUUUGGAAAAUCAGGACUGCAAAAUUUGCUUACAGUCACUGGCACAUGGCGAUAAAUUAAUACAGUGCCCUUCCUGUGUCGACUCCUAUCAUUAUGAGUGUGGAAUCAAGUGGCUCAAACAAAAUAGUACGUGCCCAAAUUGUCGCCGGCUGUGGAGCAAUCCGGACGAUUUUCCAUGUUUAGCGAAGGCUGUUCCGUGAAUUGUAUAACAAUAUUCUGUUGUCAUGUUGUACCCCUUGAUUAAUAAUUUUUUAAAGUAAUACAUUUGACCAUGCUUAGCCUGUGCCAGUGUAUAUGUCAUUGAUUCAGUGAUGUUUUAUUCCGAGAGAAGCUUGACGCAUUAACUAUGCGUUCAUCUUGUUACUGCAAAUCUAUAGAAUACGGGCAGUCGUCGUUUCCGAAUUGUUAUUUUAGGUCGACUGCUGUAUGUCAUUCAAGUUAAUUAAAAGCGCGUAAAGCAUGCUGUGGCAGCUGAAAAACCAUGUCUAACAAAAAAAUCCAUCCC